AUGGAUGCUCACUAUGCCUUUUAUAAAAAUUUAUGUUCAAUUCUUGACGAUGAAAAAAUGUCUCAAGAAGUCCGCAAUAUUGCCCAGAAACUCUUGAAAAGCAAAAAACGGAACACUUAUCCUUACAAGAAAAAAGAGAAAGUGCCUACUAAAGAUGGUAAUGGGUGGUCAGCGGUCGUUCAAAAACCUUUAACUGAUCUUUUUGUUCUAAAUAAUUUAGUGUGUUCAUUAUCACUAGUAUCAAAAGGGUGUAAAUCUUUUGCUAUUGAUAACCAUGUUUGGAGUCAAUUGGCUUUAAAACGUUGGGAAGGUAAACAAGGUAUGAAAGAAAUACAUUCAGAACCUCAUGAAAUUUGGUUUAGAAAGGCAGGAACUUGGAAAAAAGUUUAUGGGUUAAUUGAGCAAGAAGCUAAAAGGAGUAAAUUUAAUAUCGAUGACUUGGCUGAAACUACGUGGUGUGAUUUUUACUAUAAGUUGGGAAGCAAUGAUCAUUUAGUAAAACAAAUUGGAUAA